CAAUAUGUGUGGUUGGUCGGUCGGUCGGUCGAUCAUUGCCAUCUCUUAUCAUCAUGCCGAUUUUUUUUUAUUUUAUUGGAUAUAUGAUGCUGUAAAAUUUUGUAAAAAAAAAUUUGAAAAAUCACAACUGUCAUCAUAAUAAAGAUUUAAAAAAUUGAAAAAUGUUAAUAAAUGUGAAAAAAUCACCAAAUGGACGUUUUAUUCAACGUUUCAUACCGGCACGUUUUAUAUUCAUUUUUUUAAGUUCAUUUGGUUUUUUUCUAGUUUAUGCAUAUAAAGUUGUACUUAGUAUGGCCAUUGUUUCAAUGGUCAAAACAUCAACGACGAAAAAUGAAACAAUUAUGGUGGAAGAAUUUUCAUUUAUUUCUGAUGAAAAAUGUCCCGGAUCCACAGAGGUCGAUAAUAUUGUCGGUGAAUUUGAUUGGUCUGAAUCGAUUAAAAAUAAUGUUCUGGCAGCAUUUUUCUAUGGUUAUGUUUGUACUCAGAUUCCGGCCGGAAUUUUUUCAAAUAAAUUCGGUAGUAAAUGGAUUUUCAGUAUCAGCCUAUUGAUUGCUGCCAUUUGUUCAUUAUUAAGUCCUAUUGCUGCAAGACAAAGUUAUAUUUGGUUCUUUACAUUACGAUUUAUUCAAGGAUUAGCUGAAGGUGUUGUUUAUCCAUGUAUGAAUAAAAUGAUCGCACAAUGGAUACCGAAAAUGGAACUUAGUCGUGGUACAACAUUGAUUUAUACUGGUGCACAAUUUGGUACUGUAUUCACAUUACCAAUUGCAGCACAACUGAAUGGUAGUAGUUUAGGAUGGACUGCUUCAUUCUAUUUACUUGGUAUAAUCGGUAUUGUUUGGUUCAUUCUGUUUGCAACAUUAGUGUUUGAAUCACCGGAACUACAUCCAUUCAUUUCACAAAAAGAAUUUGAUCAUAUUGUACAUAAUGGUGGUGGUAAACAAAUUGAAAGAAAAUUAAUUAUACCAUAUCGUGAAAUAUUCACAUCAAUACCUGUUUAUGGUCUUAUAUUGACACAUUUUGGCCAGAAUUGGGCUUUUCUCACCAUAUUGACUUAUAUGCCAACGUAUAUGAAAAAUGUUCUACAUACAAACAAUACUCAGAAUACAAUAAUCUCUGGCCUUCCAUAUCUAGGUCAAGCACUAUUUGGUUGGAUUUGUUCAUUUAUUUCGGAUAAAUUACGUUCAAGUGGACGAUUACAGAUAACAACUAUUCGAAAAAUAAACAAUUUUAUCGCAUUCAUACCACCGGCAAUAUGUAUUGCUUUAAUUCCGACCGUUGGAUGUAAUCAGAUUGUCAGCUGUAUACUACUCAUAUUGGCUGUUACAUUUAAUGGUGCAUCAUUCAGUGGUUUUAAUUCAACACAUGUUGAUAUGGCACCAGAUUUUGCCGGAGUUUUAAUGGGAUUUACUAAUAGUUUCGGUAAUGUACCCGGUUUUGUUGUACCAAAAGUGGUCAAUUUAUUCACAAAUAAAGAGAGUACGAUAAAAAGCUGGUCAUAUGUAUUCUAUGUUGCCAUUGUUGUAAACAUAUUGUCAACAUUAAUCUAUACAUUUAUGUGUACAGCCAAAGAACAAAUAUGGGGCCGGAUGCGGAAAUGAUAAAAUUGAAUUUGAUGUGAAUGGGAAUUCCUUCAUUUUUUUCUAUUGA